CGCAAUAUUCGCUGGGUCGAUAGAUAGGCAGCAAUGACGAUGCGGCGGCUGGCAUGGCUCCUCGGCGCACUGGCGCUGGCCCGCGGCCGACCGCUGCGCGAGACUGCGAACUCGACCAAGACCGCUGUCUCGGGCACGCCGGGCACGGGCGACUGCGCCUGGAAGCGCGCAUGGACGGCCAAGCUCGACGCGUUCGAGACGUCCGACGCAGCGACGGCUCAUGUCUCGGCCACGCCGGACGCGCUCACGCUCUCGGCGACCACGAUGGAUGGCGCCGUUGCCUCGGGCUGGGCCACCUAUCCCGUGCCCCGCGAUAACAUUCCGAUGAGCGGCAAGCUCGUCGUGCAGGCGACGCUGGCCAAGGGCCUCGGUCUGCGGCCAACGGUCAAGCUUGUCAAGUCCAAGGACGGCAUUCACCGUGAGGUCGUCGUACUCAGCGGCGUUGGCGAGCAACCGGAUGGGCUCCAGAUCCGCUGGCCGCACGCAACGUCGUCCAACACCUUGCACAUGAAGGCCUUUCCAUGCAUUGACGACUUGACACUGGACUCGCAUGCGUUCCAGGUCACGUGGGACGACGGCUGGUUCCGCUGGUUCGUCGACGACGUCUUCUACCUCGAGCAGCAUCGAACGUCGUUCUUCGCCAUGACGGCGGGUUACACGUAUACGGUGCAGGUCGAGCUCGCCUACGACACGAAUGCGACCUCGCACAGCAAUGUGACGAUCGAUGCGUCGAUGGUCGUGUCCGACAUUGGCCUCUACAAGCAGACGUCGCCGGCGCGCACUCCGUCGACAACCAACCCAAGCGACUGCAGCAACUACAUUACGCGGGCCAUUCUACCGACGGUGCCCCAAGGCUCGCUGCGGGGCGCGCUCACCUUUUCCGAGGUGCUCGAGUACGUCGAGGCCGUUCCGACGCGGCUGCGGUCGUUCCCGUACCUCCUCCAGCAAGUCGACAUUGGCACAUCGCUCGAAGCACGGCCGUUGCGGGCGCUUUGCCUCGGCCAGUGCCACCCAAAAGGCAAGGCGCCGCCCCAGACACUCUACACGGGCUUGCACCACGCGCGCGAGCCCAUGUCCAUGAUGAACCUUGUGUACUUUGUCGAGUACCUCCUUCUCGGCUUUCACCAGCGGGAUCCGAACGUACUGCACCUGUUACUCACGCGCCAGCUCUGGUUUCUCUUUGUCGUUAAUCCCGACGGCUACGUCUACAACGAAAAGCACCUCGAAACGCUGCAUAGCGAGAGCGCGGGCUACUCGGGGCAGCGCAAGAACCGGCGACCGGCCGCGUGUCGGACCAACGUUGACGCUGGCGUCGACUUGAAUCGCAACUACGACGUGUGCUUCGACCAAGAUACGGUGGGCAGUAGCACCGAUGCGUGUGCCGAGGACUACCGCGGAGAAAUGGCGUUUUCCGAGCCCGAGACGCAAGCGAUUCGAGACUUUGUCGCCAACCACUCGGUGGCGACGGCCCUCAACUACCACGCAUUUGGCAAGUACGUCAACAUUCCGUUUGCGUGUCAGCCCAAAGGCGCGCCGGCCGCCGCCGACAUGGCCAUUUUCACGUCCAUUGCGUCCGAGAUGACCAAGUACAACCACUUUCAAUUUGGUCAGUCGUGGCAGACGAGCGAUCUCUACUCGGUCAACGGCGAAACGAGCGACUGGAUGUGGAACGCGCACGGAAUCUUCGCCAUGUCGCCCGAGACCGGCCCGGCGUUUGACUUUGGCGACGUCGAUGGCUUUUGGCCAACGAAAGCGUCGAUUGUGCACGAGAUCUGCGAAGAGCUACUGUAUACCAACUUUCACGCGGCGCGAAUCGCCGGUCCUAUCUACACGCUCCGCCUUCUCGUACGUCGCCAAGCUUAUUGGCGGCUCAUUCGCUUGGGGCUAGGGCUGGGAAAAUGACGACGACUACGUCACCUUGUCGCUCGAGCUUCAGAACGUCGGGCUUGCGACAACCGCGUCGACCGAGCUUCUUGGCUCGGUCCAUCUCAACGGCUCGACGGCCAGUGCACCGACCGCCCUGGCGCUCCCGGGGCUCGCCAAACCCGAGAACCACGUCCAGACCAUGACCAUCGACAUUCCAAAGGCGGCAAAAACCGAGCCCACUGCCGUGUACGUGCUGCUUCGCGACGCCGACGCCUGCCACCUCUACCGCGUCUCGCUCGGUAAAAAGUCGGAUGAAUUUGCGCUCUGGGAACCGCUCUCGCUGCCGCGCUGCGGGACGUGCGCGACGUUUGGGUCACCCAAUGCCUCGGCCGCCGUCACAUGCGACGGCCUCGAAGACGUGAUUGAGAUCCUCGAGCUGCCGACGCUGAGCGGCGUCACCAACAAGGCGCUGUACAGCGGCAAUGUGACGUUGGCCAAGGACCUGGCGUCGGCCGUAACGUGGGCGCCGCACGCCGAGCCGCUCAUGGAGAACAAGUCGCUCUUGCUCGUCUCGCUCAUCGUGCUGCUUGGUAUGGUCACGGGUCUCAUGGGCCUGCGCCACUUUAAGGCGAUCGAGCACGGCAAGCGCAAGGCGUCCGAAGCAUACGAGAUGGUCGCGUCGCACGAGCCCGAGCCACUCGACGAGUUUGACGACGACUUGCCCGACGAGUUUGACGAGGCCGAGCCCAUGACGCUGCACAUCGACACGAUGCAUCAAGCAUUCGAGGAGCACGAGCUGAGCCCUCGGUCCAUGCCACGGGUGCGGUCACCAACGCAGGGCGACCGCGAGUUGUAGUAGAUACACUAGCAGAGUCGUUGCAAUUUCUAUCGAUUUCAUUGUCGUCUUCUAAUCGGUCUUGGCGAGCGG